AUGUCAACUAUAGAUAAUAAUACAUUAUUAGAAGCAAUAGCUUUAAUAGGUAUAUGCUGUCAAUUUGCAGGUGAUAUUCCUUCACCAAAUGAUUUAUGGGAUGCACUAAAAGAAAGUCGUGAUAUUGGUAGUACAACAACAAUUGAUCGAUUUGAUCUUAAAUCAUUUACUGCUCAUAUGCUUAAUAUGGAUAAUAAUGGACAACUUCUUCAAAAACUUAUUCGUGCUGGAAGUGUUGAUCCAUGUCAUCGAUUACUUAUGUUAAAGUUUGUUCAUUUACUUGAUGAUGCUGGACAUCGUGUUGGAAAAAUCAAUGGUACAAAAACAUCAGCACAUAUUGGACAAUUUCCAACAGAUCAUGCAAUUACGACAAUUCAAAGUUUUCUACAACAUUCAUUUAUUGGUGCACAAUCAUCUGGUGGAAGAAAUCGAUCAUUUAGUGUUGAUGUUAAUGGUUAUGCUAAAGAUGGUGGUCUUGGUCUUUUAUUAUUAAAACAAUUAAGUGAUGCUGAACGUGAUGGCGAUCCAAUUGAAGCUAAUUGUUUAGGUCGAUUUUUUAAUCGAUCAAAUCUUGAUCCACCAUUAUUAUUAGAUUUAAUUAAAAGUAAUUUAGGACAUACAGAAGGUGCAGCUGGUGUUAUAUCACUUAUUAAAGUUGCUAUCUGCGUUAAUUCAUUUGGAAUGGGUGGUUCAACGACACAUUCUAUUAUUGAAGAAUAUCAACCAAUAAAUAAAACAUCAAUUGAAAAUGGUCAUAUCGAUGAUGGAAAUCAUAUUAAAAGCAAACAAUAUUUUCUUUUUAUUUUUUCAAGCCCACAAUGGUGGGCUAUGGGUAGACAAUUAUAUGAAAAUGAACCUUUAUUUACUAAACGGAUUAAUUUAAUUGAUGGAGAAAUGACAAAAAUUAAUAAUGGUGAAUGGAGAUUAUUAGAAGAAUUAAUUGAAAAGAAAAAUGAACAAGAAUCUCGUAUUAAUGAUAGAAAUAAUGCUCAACCAACAUUAUUUGCUAUACAAGUUGCAUUAACAGCUUUACUUGUUUCUUGGAAUAUUUAUCCAUCAUUUAUAAUAUCACAUAGUGGUGGUGAUCAAGCAGCUGCUUUUGUUGCUGAUCGUUUAAGUUUAAAAGAAACUGUUCGUAUAUUAGCUGUUUGA